UCAGUCAAUAAACCCUAAAAGUUCAUACUAUCCAGAAAUAGACCAGUUGACCAAUGAAUGGAAAUACUCAACUACACCCAGAAAACUUCCACCAAUUCCGCAGCUCUAUAAUAAGCAAGUUUCAGAUGGGUCUUAUGAGCAAGGUGACAACAGUAGCAUUGUGACAUCAAACAACCUAAGUGAUACAUUGCCAUCUCAAAGAGAUCACAACUGUGGUUGGAAUGAAGGAGAUAUUAAGCAUCAACCAGCAGAAUAUAGUAAUUAUACACCAAACAUACCUCCAAUGCCAAAGAGUGGACAUGAACAAGACACUUAUCUUGAACCAAUAUAUAAGAAAUAAUAAAUACGGGACUAACAUGACUCCAAUUCUUAGUACUGGGGAUAAAUUAAAUUCCUCUUGCAUUUUGACUCCAGAAAUGGAAUAUAAUUAAGACACUCUUCUAAAAUAAAAUUAAUCUAAUCAGCAAAUACAUAACAAGAACUAAUUAAUCCAAGUUUAUAUAUAAAAAAUAUGUAAAUAUGUAAAUUAGAAAUGUUGACACAUAAGUGAUCAAUUUUGAUCAUGUACUUGGUCAAAAUUUUCAAAGAUAACUUUAUAACAUAUUAAAUCCUCAUUAGUUGUUUAUUAAUAGCAGAUAUUUUAGCAAUAUACUCUGCAAUUAAAAAAUAUAGGAACAAAACUACUUGAAAACAUACACUUCGACAAUUUAUCAUUUCUGGCACUAACUCUACUAUUUUGAACAUUCAGAUCAAUAUUUUAAAAUUAUUAAAAUGAUAGUUUUCAGUAAUGUUAUUUUUCUUGUAAUCUAGACAGGUAUUUCAUAGACGACUAAUCCACUGUAAUAUGUAUAAUGAAAUUGCUACUGAACUUAGAAAUUAAUAUUUUACAUACUGCAGUACACAGUGCAUAAAUAUGUACAUCAGUGUUUUAAGCAUCUGCAUACAAGAGAUAAUCCACUAGUUGUGUGUGUGUGUGUGUGUGUGCAUACAAACACACGCACACACACUCACAGAAAAAAUAAGAGAUGAACAAACAGUUCUUUAUAGCAUUAAAAAAUUUAUAAAUAGUUUACAGAAAUAUGCAUAUAAAAUAUAAUUAAGUGAAACACAAGAAGUUAGUUAAUAGUACUCCUCUAUAAAUAAGUAGCUUUCCAGUGAUUUCAUAAGCAAAAGUACAACUGAGAAGAAAGAAAACUCAAUGUUGUCCUUUACACCCAUAUCAAGGAUUCAGUAACAAACAGAUGUAAUAGCAGUCAUUAUGCAUACAUAGAUAUGUACUAAACAGACGUUAACAAAUAACUACGAAAUAUAUCAAUUUAAUUGAUAUAAUUGAUAUAAUUGAUUGUAAUUGUGUUGCUAUCCAUUCCUUCUAACAGUGGAAUAUGUAGCAACACAAUUAGGAUGUUGGAUUUUAGGAAUUCAAUCUACUGAACUCUAAGCUGAUCCAUAUCUAUUGUAUGCCUUUUGCCAUACAUAUACUUACCCAUUAUACGUAAGUGUGUGUGUGUGUGUGUGUGUGUGUGCGUGCGUAUACAUGCACACACAUUAAUGUAGUUUGAAAUAAACUGAAAAUACUUUAGCAAAAGUCAUUAUUAAAUAUUUUAAUCAUUGUGUAAAAUAAUUUAAGUGAAUUCAGUAUGCUCAGAUGAAAAAAUGUCUUUAGAAUAUAGUUGGCUCUCAGUAUGACUCACAAAUCUACACCAUCAACAUACUGCCCUUGUCAAACUACUACAGCAGCAGUUACACUGAAGCACCAUGCAAUAAUGUCUUCUGUAAGAAGCACAAAGGAUUAAACAAUGUAGAUUUAGAGAUAUAUUCAUGAAUAAUAAUGAACUACAAUAAUGAGAUGACAAGCAACACUUUGCAGUUUUACCUUAUCUAUGGACUAAUGUAUUCUGUCAUGUCCAUAGACUACAUUUACCAUGUCAAUGAAGAAGACAGUCCACACACAUACAUUGGAGAUAUUGCAGCUGACUCUAACCUAUCAAAUCCUCUUACACAUCAACAGCUCACUCUCAUUACAUUUACACAACUACAAAGGACAGUUGAGAGUGGUUCUCAUUUAUUUAAUGUCACCAACUUAGGAAAACUAUACACUACUCAAACACUGGAUGCUGAAAAACUUUGUAUUUACAAGAAAGAAUGCUCUAGAACUGUUAAAGUAGCAGUAAGGAAAGAAGAAACAUUUCUAAAGAUAUUAAACAUUAAAAUAAUUAUAGAAGAUAUUAAUGAUCAUCAACCAGAGUUCCCAUCAAACAAGCUAAAAAUCAAAUUUUAUGAAACAGAUGGGAAAGGAUCAACAAAAUCAAUACCAAAUGCUGUUGAUAAAGAUAUUAGUCUUCCAAAUUCUGAUAUUAUAUAUAAACUCAAAGAUAACACCAAAAAAUUCUCACUUUCCAUAUUUAAAGAAUCUGAUGGAAUAAAUGUACUAGAAAUAACACUUGAAGAAAAAUUAGAUAGAGAAUUACAAGACGCAUAUAUGUUACAGUUAAUUGCUAGAGAUGCAGGUUCUCCACCAAAAGAAAGUAUUCUGGACAUUGAAAUAUCAAUUAUUGAUGUCAAUGAUAACAGACCUACAUUUACACAAAAAUUAUAUAAUACCACCAUCAGUGAUACACAUCAUAUGUCUUCUCCUGUCUUUGUUUUAUCAGCAACAGAUUUAGAUUCUGGUCAAAAUGGAAAUAUUAAUUACUUUUUACAUAGAAAUACAAAAGAAUAUGUUAAAAAACAUUUUAAAUUAAAUCAUAAAACAGGAGAAAUUUUCGCCAAUGAUAAUUUCUUCAGAAAUAAAGGAAGUAAAUAUCAAUUAUAUGUUGAAGCUAGGGAUGGUGGAAAUCCUUCAUUAAGCUCCAUGACAAUGUUGAUUAUUAAUGUUAUUAGCAAUCAAAAUAAUGUUCCAUCAAUAAAUAUAGAUUUUGUAUCACCUUUAACAGAGACUUCUACUGCUAUUUCAGAAGCAAGUAAAAUUGGAAGUUUUAUAGCUUAUGUUAUGGUAAUUGAUACUGAUAGUGGACCCAAUGGACAAAUUAAAUGUAAUAUUCAUCAUAAAAUGUUCCAGCUUUCUAAUAUGGGUUCUAAAGAAUAUAAAAUAUUGGUGAAAGAACCUCUUGACAGAGAAACUAUAGAUCAUUAUGUUGUUUCUAUUGUAUGUCAUGACAUGGGAUCACCUCCAUUAAAAACUAAGAAACAGUUUGCUGUCAAAGUAACUGAUGUCAAUGAUGUAGAACCACAUUUUACCAAAGAGACAUUCCAAUUCCUCACCUAUGAAAACCAGAAAGUUGACUUCCCUAUUGGCUUCAUCAAUGCUACAGACCCAGAUCUUGGAGAUGGAGGCCAACUUACAUAUUCUCUCAUCAAUGAUAACAACAAUCAUAACAUUCCUUUCCAACUGACAAAAUAUGGAUUUAUUUCUACAUCACAACCAAUAGAUCGAGAAAUGAAAGACAUCUAUAAUUUACAUGUUUUAGUCAAAGAUAAUGGGAUGCCUUCUUUGAAUAACACUGCCAACAUUCUUAUAGAAAUUUUAGAUAAAAAUGAUAAUGCUCCAUAUUUUAUGAACUCACACACUGGUGUGUUAUCUUUCUCUCGCACAGUUUACCAAAAUGAUGCAGGAACAUAUGAACUGGAGUUUAUAGUGAAAGAUGGUGGUACUCCAGUUCAAACAGCAACAACUUCUAUCAUACUAACACUGUUUGUUAGUAAUGAUACAUCUCCAAUGUUGACUGCUAUCCACUCACAGUCUGAUAACAACCUGGAUAUGACUUGGAUAAUUAUCAUUGUAGCAGCAGCUGUAAUACUAUCUGUGGCUAUUGUAGUGUCAAUAACACUGUGUGUUUUCAGAUGUAUUAAUCACAUUAAUAAUUCACAAACAACAAAAAAUAAUCCAAAAUUUCUGUCAAGAACUGAAAUGAGACAAAUAUUGUAUCAGACUAACAAUCCUGUUGCAAUAACAAGAAAUGCAGAUGACAUAUUUAACAGAAAUCUUCAGUCAAUAAAUCAGAAAAGUCCUUACUACCCUGAAAUGGAAGAAACAGUUGGUGAAUGGAAAUUCUCAACAACACCCAGGAGAUUACCACCCACACCACAGAUCUAUAAUAAGCAGGUUUCAGAUGGAUCUGGUGAGCAAAAUGACACCAGCAGCAUUGUGACAUCAAACAACCUAAGUGAUACAUUACCAUCUCAAAGAGAUCACAGCCGUGGAUGGAGUGAAGGGGAUAUUACACAUCAGAUAUCAGAAUAUGGUAACUACACACCAAACAUACCACCAAUACCAAAGGGUGAACAUGAACAAGACACAUAUCUUGAACCAUUUUACAUCAUCUGUGGAUUGAUGUACUCUGUUGUAAUGGUAGAUAUUACAUACCAUGUCAAUGAAGAAGACAGUCCUCACACCUAUAUAGGAGAUAUUGCAAUUGAUUCCAACUUAACAACACACUCAUUCACACAUCAGCAACACACUCUCAUUACUUUUACACAAUUACAACGAUCAGUUGCAAGUGGAUCUAACUUAUUUAAUAUCACCAACUUGGGAAAACUUUACACUACGCAGACAUUAGACGCUGAAUCACUUUGUACAUAUAAGAAGGAAUGUUUCAAAGUAGUUAAAGUAGCAGUAAGGAAAGCAGAAACAUUUAUAAAGAUAUUGAAGAUAAAAAUAAUUAUAGAAGAUAUUAAUGAUCAUCAACCAGAGUUUCCAUCAAACCAAUUAAAAGUCAAAUUUUAUGAAACAGAAGGGAAAGGAUCAACAAAGUCAAUACCAAAUGCUGUUGAUAAAGACAUUGGUCUUCUUAAUUCUAACAUCACAUAUAAACUGAUAGAUAAAAGUAAAAAAUUUUCGCUACUUACAUUUAAAGGAUUUGAUGGGGUAACUAUACUAGAAAUAACACUUGGAGAAAAAUUAGACAGAGAAUUUAAAAACAUUUAUACAUUACAGUUGGUGGCUAAGGAUGGAGGUUUUCCACCAAAAGAAGGAAUUCUGAACAUAGAAAUACAUGUUAUAGAUGUCAAUGAUAAUCAACCACUUUUUAAACAAAAAUCUGGAGAAAUCUUCAUCAAUGAUAAUUUCUUUAGAAAUACAGAAAGUAAAUAUCAGUUAUACAUUGAAGCUAGGGAUGGUGGAAAUCCUUCAUUAAGCUCCAUGGCAAUGUUGAUUAUUAAUGUUAUUAGCAAUCAAAAUAAUGUUCCAUCUAUAAAUAUAGAUUUUGUAUCUCCUCUAACAAAGUCUUCUACUGCUAUUUCAGAAGCAAGUAAAAUUGGGAGUUUUAUUGCUUAUGUUAUGGUAAUUGAUACUGAUAGUGGACCCAAUGGACAAAUUAAAUGUAAUAUUCACCAUAAAAUGUUCCAGCUUUCUAAUAUGGGUUCUAAAGAAUAUAAAAUAUUGGUUAAAGAACCUCUUGACAGAGAAACUAUAGAUCAUUAUGUUGUUUCUAUUGUAUGUCAUGACAUGGGAUCACCUCCAUUAAAGACUAAGAAACAGUUCUCUGUCAAAGUAACUGAUGUCAAUGAUGUAGAACCACAUUUUACCAAAGAGACAUUCCAAUUCCUCACCUAUGAAAACCAGAAAUCUGAUAACAACCUGAAUAUGACUUGGAUAAUUAUCAUUGUAGCAGCAGCUGUAAUACUAUCUGUAGCUAUUGUAGUGUCCAUAACACUGUGUGUUUUCAGAUGUAUUAAUCAUUUCAAUAAUUCAUCUGCAGAAAAAAAUAAUCCAAAAUUUCUGUCAAGGACUGAAAUGAGACAAAUAUUGUAUCAGACUAACAAUCCUGUUGCAAUAACUCGGAAUGCAGAGGAGAUAUUUAGCAGAAAUCUUCAGUCAAUAAACCCCAAAAGUCCAUAUUAUCCAGAGAUGGAACAAUCAGCCAAUGAAUGGAAAUUCUCAACAACACCUAGGAGACUUCCACCAGUUCCACAGAUGUACAAUAAGCAAGUUUUGGAUGAUUCAUGUGAACAAAGUGACAGCAGCAAUAUUGUGACAUCAAACAACCUUAGUGACACAUUGCCAUCUCAAAAAGAUUGCAACCGUGGAUGGAGUGAAGGAGAUAUUACAUAUCAGACAUCAGAAACGUUCAUAAAAAUAUUAAAGAUAAAAAUAUUAAUAGAAGAUAUCAAUGACCAUUCACCAGAAUUUCAAGAUGAUCAAAUAAAAAUACAAUUUGAUGAAACAGAUGGGAAAGGAUCAACAAAAUCAAUACCAAAUGCUGUGGAUAAAGACAUUGGCCUUCUUAAUUCUAAGAUUACAUAUAAACUCAAAGAUAAAAGUAAGAAAUUCUCACUAUCCAUAUUUAAAGGGUUUGAUGGAAUAAAUUUACUUAAAAUAACCCUAGAAGGAAUGUUAGAUAGGGAAUUAAAAGACACUUAUAUGUUACUGUUGAUAGCUAAAGACAGUGGCACUCCACAAAAAGAAGGUUCUUUGAAGAUAGAAGUCUCAGUUACAGAUGCCAAUGAUAACCAACCAAUGUUUACUCAGAAAUCAUAUAAUAUUUCCAUCAGUGAUACACAUCACAAAUCUUCUCCUGUUUUUGUUUUAUCAGCUACAGAUUUAGAUUCUGGUCAAAAUGGGAAUGUUACUUACUAUUUACAUAGAAAUACAAAUAAAUAUGCCAGAAAACAUUUCAAAUUGAAGAGCAAAUCUGGAGAAAUUUUCCUUAAUAAUAAUUUCUUAAGUAAUAAAGAAAGUAAAUACCAACUAUACAUUGAAGCCCGUGAUGGUGGAAAACCAUCUUUAAGUUCUACAACAAUAUUAAUUAUUAAUAUAAUUAACAAUCAAAAUAAUGUUCCAACAAUAAAUAUAGAUUUUGUAUCUCCUCUAACAAAGUCUUCUACUGCUAUUUCAGAAGCAAGUAAAAUUGGUAGUUUUAUAGCUUAUGUUAUGGUCACUGACACUGACAGUGGACCUAAUGGACAAACUAAAUGUAAUAUUCAUCAUAAAAUGUUCCAACUUUCUAAUAUGGGUUCUAAAGAAUAUAAAAUACUGGUCAAAGAACCUCUUGACAGAGAAGCUAUAGAUAAUUAUGUUGUUUCUAUUGUAUGUCAUGACAUGGGAUCACCUCCAUUAAAGACUAAGAAACAGUUCUCUGUCAAAAUAACUGAUGUCAAUGAUGUAGAACCACAUUUUACCAAAGAGACAUUCCAAUUCCUCACCUAUGAAAACCAGACAGCAGCUGUAAUACUAUCUGUGGCUAUUGUAGUGUCAAUAACACUAUGUGUAUUCAAAUGUAUUAAUCACAUUAAUAAUUCACAAACAACAAAAAGUAAUCCAAAAUUUCUGUCAAGGACUGAAAUGAGACAAAUAUUGUAUCAGACUAAUAAUCCUGUAGCAAUAACUCAGAAUGCAGAAGAGAUAUUUAACAGAAAUCUUCAGUCCAUAAACCCCAAAAGCCCAUAUUAUCCAGAGAUGGAACAAUCAGCCAAUGAAUGGAAAUUCUCAACAACACCCAGAAGAUUACCAUCAAUUCCUCAGAAUUAUAAUAAAGAUAUGGUAGAGGACCAAGCUGAACAAAAAUGUUAUAAUGAUAGUAUUAUCACAGCAAACAACUUGAAUGACACUCUCCCCUCACAUAAGGAACAGAACCAUGGGUGGAGUGAUGGCGACAUUACACAUCAAGUAUCUGGUAUAUCAGAAUACAGCAACUAUCACCCAAAUAUACCUCCAACACCAAAAUUAAUGAAGAUUGCAGCAAUGACAAGGAAUAUCCUUCUCUUAUGUCUUGUAUACAUCUUAUCAUCUGUUGAAACUAUAGACAUAAUUUACCAUGUCAAUGAAGAGGAGAGUCCUCACACCUAUAUAGGAGAUAUUGCUGCACACUCUAACUUAUCACAUUCUCUCAAAGGUCAACAACAAACUCUCAUUACAUUUACACAACUACAGAGGAAAGUGUCAAGUGGCUCUCAUUUAUUCAAUGUUACAAGAACUGGAAAACUCUACACUACUCAAACGCUAGAUGCCGAAUCAAUGUGUGCAUACAACAAGGAAUGUUCCAGAACAGUUAAAGUAGCAGUUAGAAAAGAAGAAAUAUUUGUAAAGGUAAUAAAAAUAAAAAUAAUUAUAGAGGACAUCAAUGAUCAUCAACCAGAAUUCCCAGAGGAUCAAAUAAAAUUAGAGUUUCGUGAAACUGAGGCAAAAGGAUCAACACAAACAAUAUUAAAUGCUGUGGAUAAAGACAUUAGUUUUCUUAAUUCUAACAUUACAUACAGACUAAAAGAUAAAAGUAAGAAAUUCUCACUAUCCAUUUUCAAAGACUUUGAUGAUCUUCCUGUACUUAAAAUUACUCUGAAAGGAAUGUUAGACAGAGAAGUAAAGGACAAUUACAUAUUACAGCUGGUAGCCAAAGAUGGAGGUUCUCCACCAAAAGAAAGUAUUCUGAAUAUACAAAUAGUUGUCAUGGAUGUAAAUGAUCACAGGCCUAAAUUCUCACAAAAAUCAUUCAAUAUUUCCAUCAGUGAUACACAUCACAUAUCUUCUCCUGUUUUUAUCUUGUCAGCUACAGACUUAGAUUCAGGUAAAAAUGGAGAUAUUACAUAUAACUAUAGUCAAAGGACAAGUUCUUACACUAGAAAAAAUUUCAAACUUUUGUCAAAUGGAGAGAUCUUUCUAAAUGAGAAUUUUUACAAAGAUAAGCAACAAAAAUAUAAAUUAUAUCUUGAAGCAAAAGAUAAAGGAAAACCAUCUUUAAGAUCUACAGUCAUGUUAAUUAUUAAUAUCAUUAACAAUCAAAAUAAUGCUCCAACAAUAAAUAUAGAUUUUGUAUCUCCUUUAACAGAGAGCUCUACUUCUGUUUCAGAAGCAAGUAAAAUUGGGAGUUUUAUAGCUUAUGUUAUGGUCACUGACACAGACAGUGGACCUAAUGGUCAAAUUAAAUGUAAUAUUCACCAUAAAAUAUUCCAGCUUUCUAAUAUGAGUUCUAAAGAAUAUAAAAUAUUGGUCAAAGAACCUCUUGACAGAGAAGCUAUAGAUCAUUAUGCUGUUUCUAUUGUAUGUCAUGACAUUAAUGAUACAUCUCCAAUGUUGACUGCUGUCCACUCAAAGUCUGGUAACAACCUGAAUAUGACUUGGAUAAUUAUCAUUGUAGCAGCAGCUGUAAUACUAUCUGUGGCUAUUGUAGUGUCAAUAACACUAUGUGUUUUCAGAUGUAUCAAUCACAUUAAUUCACAAACAACAAAAAAUAAUCCAAAAUUUCUGUCAAGGACUGAAAUGAGGCAAAUAUUGUAUCAGACUAACAAUCCUGUAGCAAUAACUAGAAAUGCAGAAGACAUAUUUAACAGAAAUCUUCAGUCAAUAAACCCCAAAACUUCCUAUUACCCAGAGAUGGAACAGCCAGCCAAUGAAUGGAAAUUCUCAACAACACCCAGAAAACUGCCACCAGUUCCACAGCAUUACAAUAAGGACGUGGCAGAUAGUUUAGCUAAACAAAAAUGUUAUGAUGACAGCCUUAUGACAUCAAACAAUUUGAAUAACACACUACCUUCUCAAAAAGAACGAAACAGAGGAUGGAGUGAAGGAGAUAUUACACAUCAAACUUCUGGAACAUCAGACAUCAUUUACCAUGUCAAUGAAGAAGGCGCUCCUCAAACCUAUAUAGGAGACAUUGCUAUUGACUCAAACUUAUCACACCCUCUUACACAUCGUCAGGAUACUCUCAUUACAUUUACACAACUACGAAGGAAAGUGGCUAGUGGUUCUCAAUUAUUCAAUGUCACCAACUCUGGGAAACUAUACACUACACAAACAUUGGAUACUGAGUCUUUGUGUACAUACAACAAAGAAUGUUUUAAAAUUGUUAAAGUUGCAGUGAGGAAAGCAGAAACAUUUAUUACGGUUUUAAGGAUAAAAGUCAUCAUAGAAGACAUUAAUGAUCAUCAACCAGAGUUCCCAGAGGAUCUAAUUAAAAUAGAAUUUGGUGAAACUGAUGCAAAAGGAUCGACAAAAUCAAUACCAAAUGCUGUGGAUAAAGACAUUGGUCUUCUUAAUUCUAAGAUCACAUAUACACUCAAAGACAAAAGUAAGAAAUUCUCAUUAUCUAUAUCUAAUGAAUUUGAUGGAAUGAAUAUAUUGGAAAUUAUACUUGAAGAAAAAUUAGACAGAGAAUUAAAAGACACAUACAUGUUACAGUUGCUUGCAAAAGAUAGUGGCUCCCCACCAAAACAAGGUAUUCUGAACAUAGAAAUCUCUGUUACAGAUGUCAAUGAUAACAGACCUAUGUUUUCUCAACAAACAUACAAUAUUUCUAUCAGUGAUACACAUCAUAUCACCUCUCCUGUUUUUGUUUUAUCAGCAACAGAUUUAGAUUCUGGUCAAAAUGGUGACAUCACUUAUAACUUUCACCAAAAAACAAGGCCUUACAUUAAAACAAAUUUCAAACUGAAACCAAAUGGAGAGAUCCUUCUAAAUGAGAAUUUUUACAGAAAUAAGCAGCAAAUAUAUAAAUUAUAUAUUGAAGCAAAAGAUAAAGGAAGACCAUCUUUAAGUUCUACUGCCACACUAAUUAUCAAUGUAAUAAGCAAUCAAAAUAAUGCUCCAAUUAUAGAUAUAGAUUUUGUAUCCCCUUUAACAGAGAGUUCUACAGCUAUUUCAGAAGCAAGUAAAAUUGGGAGUUUUAUAGCUUAUGUUAUGGUCACUGACACUGAUAGUGGACCUAAUGGACAAAUUAAAUGCAAUAUUCAUCAUAAAAUGUUCCAGCUUUCUCAUAUGAGUUCUAAAGAAUAUAAAAUAUUGGUCAAAGAACCUCUUGACAGAGAAAUUAAAGACCACUAUGGCGUUUCUAUUGAAUGUCAUGACUUGGGAUCACCUCCAUUAAAGACUAAGAAACAGUUCUCUGUCAAAGUAACUGAUGUCAACGAUGUAGAACCACAUUUUACCAAAGAGACAUUCCAAUUCCUCACCUAUGAAAACCAGAAAGUUGACUUCCCUAUUGGCUUCAUCAAUGCUACAGACCCUGAUCUUGGAGAUGGAGGUCAACUUACAUAUUCUAUCAUCAAUGAUAACAACAAUCAUAACAUUCCUUUCCAACUGACAAAAUAUGGAUUUAUUUCUACAUCACAAUCAAUAGAUCGAGAAGUGAAGGACAUCUAUAAUUUACAGGUUUUAGUCAAAGACAAUGGAAUACCUUCUCUGAAUAAUACUGCCAAUAUUCUUAUAGAGAUUCUAGAUAAAAAUGAUAAUGCUCCAUAUUUUAUCUUUCCUAAAAAUGACCCUUACAAUCUAGAUGUCCACUACCAUCCACACAGUAAGAAGGACAUCACAAUUCUGAAAGCAUCUGACAAAGACACUGGAAACAAUGCUUUCCUCACAUAUGGAAUACUGAGAUCCAAUGAUAAAAACCUGUUUACAGUGAACUCACACACUGGUGUGUUAUCUUUCUCUCGCACAGUUUACCAAAAUGAUGCAGGAACAUAUGAGCUGCAGUUUAUAGUGAAAGACGGUGGUACUCCAGUUCAAUCAGCAACAACUGCUAUCAUACUAACACUGUUUGUUAGUAAUGAUACAUCUCCAAUGUUGACUGCUGUCCACUCAAAGUCUGGUAACAACCUUAAUAUGACUUGGAUAAUUAUCAUUGUAGCAGCAGCUGUAAUACUGUCUGUGGCUAUUGUAGUGUCAAUAACACUAUGUGUUUUCAGAUGUAUCAAUCACAUUAAUAAUUCAUCUACAACAACUGAUAAUCCAAAAUUUCUUUCAAGGACUGAAAUGAGGCAAAUAUUGUAUCAGACUAAUAAUCCUGUUGCAAUAACUAGAAAUGCAGAAGACAUAUUUAACAGAAAUCUUCAAUCAAUAAACCCAAAAUGCUCUUAUUACUCAGACAUGAAGCAGUCAGCUAAUGAAUGGAAAUUCUCAACUACCCCCAGAAAAUUACCACCAGUCCCAAUGCAUUGUAAUGAGGAUGAGACAAUGAGUUCAUCUGAACAAAAAUGUUAUAACAGCAGUAUUAUGACAUCAAAUAACCUGAAUGAUACAUUAUCUUCUCAUAAAGAACGGAAAUGUGGUUGGAGUGAUGGAGACAUUACACAUCAAACAUCUGGAGCAUCAGAAUAUGGCAACUACCGACCAAAUAUACUCCCGACCCCAAAGACUGUACAAGAGCAAGAAACGCCAUUGCAACAAAGUUCACCUACCACACUUCUCAAUCCAGCAUCACUGCCUCAAGAUCCUGGAUAUAAUCCAGUCCAGUGUCUGCGAUCAAGUUGUCAAAAAUAUAGCAAGUACCAGCCAAACAUACCUCUGACACCAAAGAAUGAACAAGAACAAGAAAUCUAUUCAGAAAUCAUAAUGACAAAAGAGAGUGGCUUAUUCAUCUGUCUACUACAUACUUUACUACACUGUGUUCUAAGUGUAGAUAUCACUUACCAUGUCAACGAAGAAGAUAGUCCUCACACUUACAUAGGAAACAUUGCUGCUGAUUCUAACUUUUCUCAAUCUCUCAAACAUCAUCAAGGAACUCCCAUUACAUUUACACAGUUGCAAAGAACAAUGUCAAUGGGAUCUCACUUAUUCAAUGUCACUAAUUCUGGGAAACUAUACACUACACACACACUUGAUGCUGAGUCUCUAUGCAUUUACAAAAAAGAAUGUUUUAAAAUUGUCAAAGUAGCUGUUAGGAAAGAAGAAGCAUUCAUAAAAAUAUUAAAGAUAAAGAUAAUAAUUGAUGAUAUUAACGAUAACCAACCAGAGUUUCCAGAAGAUCAAAUUAAAUUAGAAUUUGAUGAAACUGAAGCAAAAGGUUCAACAAAAUCAAUACCAAAUGCUGUGGAUAAAGACAUUGGUAUUUUCAAUUCUAACAUCACAUAUGAACUGAAAGAUAAAAGUAAUACAUUUAUAUUAUCAAUAUUCAAAGAGUUUGAUGGAAUGAAAAUACUUAAAAUAGCACUAGAAGGUAAGUUAGACAGAGAAUUAAAAGACACUUAUAUGUUACAGUUAGUUGCAAAGGAUAGUGGUUCUCCUCCCAAAGAAGAUACUCUGAACAUAGAGAUAUCUGUUAUUGAUGUCAAUGAUAAUAGACCUAUGUUUUCUCAGCAGAUGUACAACAUCACAAUUAGUGAUACACAUCAUACAUCUUCUCCUGUUUUUGUUUUAUCAGCUACAGACUUAGAUUCAGGUCAAAAUGGUAAUAUCACAUAUAACUUUUAUCAAAAAACAAGCUCUUAUCUCAAAACACAUUUCAAACUGAAACCAGAUGGAGAGAUAUUCCUAAAUGAGGAUUUUUACAGAAAUAAUCAACAAAAAUAUAAAUUAUAUAUUCAAGCCAAGGAUAGAGGAAAACCAUCUUUAAGUUCUUCAGCCACACUAAUUAUCAAUGUAAUAAGCAAUCAAAAUAAUCUUCCAAAUAUAAACAUAGAUUUUGUAUCACCUUUAACAGUGAAUUCUGCUGCUAUUUCAGAAGCAAGUAAAAUUGGGAGUUUUAUAGCUUAUGUUAUGGUCACUGACACUGAUAGUGGACCUAAUGGACAAAUUAAAUGCAAUAUUCACCAUAAAAUGUUCCAGCUUUCUAAUAUGGGGUCUAAAGAGUAUAAAAUAUUAGUCAAAGAACCUCUUGACAGAGAAACUAUAGAUCAUUAUGUUGUUUCUAUUGAAUGUCAUGAUAUGGGAUCACCUCCAUUGAAGACUAAGAAACAGUUUUCUGUCAAAGUAACUGAUGUCAAUGAUGUAGAACCACAUUUUACCAAAGAGACAUUCCAAUUCCUCACCUAUGAAAACCAGAAAGUUGACUUCCCUAUUGGCUUCAUCAAUGCUACAGACCCUGAUCUUGGAGAUGGAGGCCAACUUACAUAUUCUAUCAUCAAUGAGAACAAAAAUGAUAACAUUCCUUUCCAACUGACAAAAUAUGGAUUUAUUUCUACAUCACAAUCAAUAGAUCGAGAAGUAAAAGACAUCUAUAAUUUACAGGUUUUAGUCAAAGAUAAUGGGACACCAUCACUGAAUAACACUGCCAAUAUUCUUAUAGAGAUUCUAGAUAAAAAUGAUAAUGCUCCAUAUUUUAUAUUUCCUAAUAAUGAUCCUUACAAUCUAGAUGUCCACUACCAUCCACACAGUAAGAAGGACAUCUCAAUUCUGAAAGCAUCUGACAAAGAUUCUGGAAACAAUGCUUUCCUCACAUAUGGAAUACUGAGAUCCAAUGAUAAAAACCUGUUUACAGUGAACUCACACACUGGUGUGUUAUCUUUCUCUCGCACAGUUUACCAAAAUGAUGCAGGAACAUAUGAGCUGCAGUUUAUAGUGAAAGACGGUGGUACUCCAGUUCAAUCAGCAACAACUGCUAUCAUAUUAACACUGUUUGUUAGUAAUGAUACAUCUCCAAUGUUAACUGCUGUCCACUCAAAGUCUGGUAACAACCUGAAUAUGACUUGGAUAAUUAUUAUUGUAGCAGCAGCUGUAAUACUAUCUGUGGCCAUUGUAGUGUCAAUAACACUAUGUGUUUUCAGAUGUAUUAAUCAUAUUAAUAAUUCACAAACAACAAAAAAUAAUCCAAAAUUUCUUUCAAGGACUGAAAUGAGGCAAAUAUUGUAUCAGACUAACAAUCCUGUAGCAAUAACUAGAAAUGCAGAAGACAUAUUUAACAGAAAUCUUCAGUCAAUAAACCCCAAAACUUCCUAUUACCCAGAGAUGGAACAGCCAGCCAAUGAAUGGAAAUUCUCAACAACACCUAGGCGAUUGCCACCAGUUCCACAGCAUUACAAUAAGGAUGUGGAAGAGAGUUCAACUGAACAAAAAUGUUUUAAUGCCAGCAUUGUGACAUCAAACAAUCUAAAUGAUACACUACCCUCUCUUAAAGAACGGAACCGUGGGUGGAGUGAAAGUGACAUUACAUCUCAGAAAUCUGGAGCAUCAGAAUACAGUAACUAUCGACCAAACAUACCUCCUACACCAAAACAUGAUCAAGAACAAGAAACUUAUCUAGAGCCUGUAUAGCAUGCAAUCAAUACAUCAUUAGUACUUCUGAAAAAUAAUGCAAAAUAAUCUCCCCAAAAUUUUAUCAUUUUCUCAAACAAUAUUCAAUUCAGUAAGAUGAAUGGUUUAUAAAUAUUAUUUUCCUUAAUUAACAUAGAAUCUAAAUAGCACUUGAUAGCAUUCCUGUAAGUCUGUAACUUCAGUUGAAUUUUAUUCAUUAUAAUACAAAUUAAGGUGGUGAGCUGGUAGAACCAUUAGUGCACCAAGAAAAAUGCUUAGCAGCAUUUCGUCUCUCUUUACAUUCUAAGCUCAAAUUCCAUCAAGGUUGAUUUUGCCUUUCAUCCUUUCAGGAUGCACUGGGGUCAAUGUAAUUGACUUAACCCCUCCCCAAAUUUGCUGGCCUCAUGCCAAGAUUUGAAACCAAUAUAUAAUACAAAUUAUAGAUAAUGUUCAAUUUAUAUACACAUUAUUUGAGAAAAGAAUGUAAUUCUAAAAUAUUUUGCUUAAAAAGUAAUAGCAAAGGUAUAUUUUAUCCACAUACUAUCAAUUCCUUUCUCACCUUUCAUGAUCAGAACUAUUUAUCAAUAAGUGAUUAACAUGAAAAGAGAGGGAGUGGAUGUUGUAACUCUUUUUUUUUUUUUUUUUUUUUUUUUUUUUUUUUCUGAGAGAAUUAUUGGAAAGAUAGGUGAAGUGAAGUGAAGUGAAGUGAACUAGUUAAGUUUAGGAGCUGAUGCUAGUUCAAGGACUGUUUUUAAGAUUUUGUCUUCUACUUUAAGAAACUUAGGUAUUUUUUUUAAAUUACAUUUUGUAAUUUGAAAAUUGUAAUUGUAAAAAUGAAAAGUAAAAUACUUUAUUAAAUAAUGGUUAGAGUAAAAAAAUUGAAGUUAAAAUCUACUGAAGAAAAAUAGCACCAUUUUAUUUACUUCGUAAAAUUUUUAUAAGCUACUUUCAUAAAUUUAGCCAUACAUACAAAUUGACAGUACUCAAGAUACUGUUUCAGCUUCACACCAAUUAUUAUGUACCAAUCUACCUGGAGAAAAAAAAUGGCUGAACUUAGGUUCUUGGGGAGAGAAUGCAGCUCCUUAAUUCAUAUGAUAGAAAUGAUUAUAUCAUUUAGAACAAUAAAAUUCUCCAAGAUCUUAAGAUUUAAAGAAUAAACAAAAGUAGAUGAUUUCCUUCAUAACCUUGCAGGUGGCUGAUCAAAAUCAAGUCUAAAUUAAAAAGAGAAAAAGAACAUACAUACAACCACACACAUACAUAUCUAUGUACAUGUGUAUGUAUUCAUUGCUUUUUGCUACUCUAUCCUACUGCCUGAUUCACAAUUCCAGUUCAUCAAUAUAUUGCUAUUGCAAAAUCACUGCUACACAGGAAUACUAUACCAGGAUACAUGUCUAGUUACAUACUGUAACAACAAUGGAUUGGGCAAUGCAGAAUAUAAAAGCAAGCAACCAGAAGUACUUCUGAAGUAAGAAAAGAAACUAUACACAGAUAGCAGAUAAUAAUUUUCAACAAAUAAUCUUCCGACUCUGUUAGCAUUUAUGAUUUGUAGAUUAAAUUAAUAGCUAAUGAGUUUCACUUAAAUGUCAAAUUCCAAACCAAUCCUUAUAUGAAUUAUAUGCAAAUAUUAAAUUAUUUUCUUUUAAGAUUCUACCAUACUUAACAUUCUAACAAGAUAAUAUUUUAAUCUGAUGGUUACAAAAAUAUUUCCACUAUGAAAAUAAUAGAAACCUUAUACAGAGCAAAAUGUAAUUGAUGUUUCCAAUAGAUUUAUUUCCAGUUGAAAAGGAAAGAUGAAUCUGAGUUUCACAUAAAAAAUAAACAAAAAAUGUAUAUAAAGCACACCAAACACUCACACAUGCACUAAAAUAUAUUUCAAAAUUUUCAAAUUUCUGUUGUGAUAAUAGAUAUUUCAACUGAAUUAAUAUUUAUCCAUGAGAUAAUUUCAUUGCUAUGUGUAGCUCAUGAUAUGCCUUGCAUAUUAAAGUAAUAUUGCUAACAUUUGAGUUCAGUUUGAUUAGGCUUCAAAAUGCAUCUUAUAUAAACUGAUUGUCAUAGACUUAUUCAAAGUGUUUGUCACCAUAAAAUUGCUGUAAUACAUCUCAUGAAAUAUUACACUGAGACAUAAUAUCAGACACAGCCUUCAAUAACAAUAAAAAAAUAAAUAAUAUAGGUAAGCCUUUAAAUUUUUUCUUCACAAAUUUGCUGCAAUAACGCAGUUUCUUAAAGCAUUAAAAAUAGCCAAGAAGCUGCAAUAAUAUCAGGUAUUCAUUCUUCAAAAAUUUCUGUUAAGGAUAAUAUGAAGGUAGAAUCUACAAUCAGAGAAAACUAACAAGUAAUCCACAAGAGUAUAAAAAAUGCCACACAGUAUUUAUUCCAACUCACUGUACUUUGAGUUCAAGUAGCAUUAAAGCCGAUUUUGCUUUUCAUCUAAGUAGGGUUCAUAAAAAAAGUACCAAUUCAGGGUGGUGGUGGAUUGGUGUAACUAUCAAAAUGUCAGACCAGAUACCUUGUAAUAUUUGUUCUAGAUGGGCCUUGUGCUUAGAGUAGAAAAGAAUAUUUGUUCUAGAUUUUUGUAUUCUAUAUUCAAAUCCUGCUAUGGCUUACUUUGGUGGCAGACCUAAUCCAUUACCCAGCUUAACACCACUACCUCAUACUUUGGGGGCCUUUGGUGGGAUCCACUAUAUUGCAAGCAUUUGAGUCAGGCUUUGGUUUAAGAAUACCUCCUUCCCACCAAUCUCAGAAACCCUGAAAAGAGUCAUAAGCACUGCCUUCCAUCCUGACUAAGUUUUAAAAAAUUAAUAAAUGUAAUUGCCAUAUGGAAAAGAACAAAAGCAUUUUGAGAUCAGGCCCUUAAAAUUAUUUAAGCCUAUUUCUCAUUAUAUUAUUUACAUUAUUUACAAGACAGGUAUUUGUCCUCAUUUUGUUUGUUGUUAACACAUUUCGGCUGAUAUACCCUCCAGCCUUCAUCGGGUGUCUUGGGAAAUUUCGAAUAUGGGUUCUCAUUCCUAAGAUAUUUUUCAAUGUUAUUAUUAUUAUUAUUAUUAUUAUUAUUAUUCAGGUCACUGCCUGGAAUCGAACUCAGAAUCUUGGGAUUAGUAGCCCACGGGCAUAUGGCAUAGUGGUUAAGAACGUAGGCUACGAACCCCAAGAUUCCGAGUUCAAUUCCAGGCAGUGACCUGAAUAAUAAUGAUAAUAAUAAUAAUAAUAAUAAUAACAUUGAAAAAUACUUUAGGUUUGAAAUUUCCUCAAGACACCUGAUGAAGGCUGGAGGGUAUAUCAGCCGAAAUGUGUUAACAACAAACAAGAUGAGGACAAAUAUCCGUCAACUGUAAAUAAUGUAAAUAAUGUACAUAAUUCCUCAUCUCUUAAAUAUAGAACUGUAUUAUUUCUCAUUAGUUUUAUUAAAUAUACAAAAGCGAUAACAAGAAAAAUCACUGCUAUAUAUAUUUAAAAAACUAAAAUUACAAUCUUUAAGAUCAUAAUUUGAUGAUUAACAUCACUAGUGAUGUGUAAAGCAUAGAUGAUUAUAAUUUCUUGCGAUAACAUAUAGAUGUACCAUAAGUAAGUUAUGUUUUCAAACAUAAACAUUUUCAUGCUAUCAUGAUUAUAGAAAACUCUGUAUUUAGCAAACUGUAAAAAUAUGAUUUGAUAUUUGGUCAUUAUUUCGCUAUUUUAUUUAACUUUGUUUAGUGAAUGUGGAUGUAUAUUUAAAUUAGUUCGUUUAAUGAAUUUGGAUGUGUAUUGUUUAUCAUAUUUUUAAUAAUAAUCUUCAAAUUCCAGGCUCAUAUUCUUUCGAUGGAUUCACAACUUAUAUAAUUGCAUAUAGAUAAUAUAUAUAUGAAAGGAAAAUUUGUCUAUUUCCUUAAGUUGAAACCAAAAGAAACUCACAACAUUACAAAAUAAACUAGAUAUCUGAGAUUGAACUUCUGGAAAUCUUAGAGAAGUAAAUUCAAAAACAAUUUUUUAAAUAUGGACUUUUAAAACAAGUUAAAGAAAAUGCAUUUCAUUUUCAAAAUCUUUCUUUGUUAAAAUCAUAAACUGAAUUGUUUUCAAUAAUGGAUGUAAAAUUCUUCUGUGUUGUAAUUAAUACCAUGCAUGAAAAGAUAGGUUUAAAGGAAAUGUUGUUGAGCGGCAUCAUUAAAAUUUAGUGUAAAUUCAUGAUUUCAUUAAAAUUUCAUUAAAACAAAACAUCUGAUUCACCAAUUUUUUCCAAUCAACCUGAUACUUUUACCCAGGCUGUGAGCUAUACAUAACUCAACAUGUAUGAUGUUAACUGCCAUCUUAUGUAAUUAAGCCAUUAUAAGUUGUCUGUUGUUGUAUUAUAGAUCUUUUUUAAUUUGUAAUUAAAUUUUGUAAAUAUGGGGUGAAAUGUAAAACUAUUCUGAUUGGCAAGCUCAAUUAUGCAAUGCAGUUUUCCUUUUUUUAAUAAACUGUUUCAAAUUAUGUUGAUAAUGAUGUCAAAUAAAUAAAUCAAUAUUCUAUUUAUGUUGAGAAAAAUAAAAAAAAAUUAUGUACAAAGCUAUUUAGUGUUUUUACAUAUGAAAAGUUAAAUGCCUAUUUGGAAUUUCAUAUUGUAACAAUAUAAGAAAUUCUUGUUUAAAUAUUAAAGCCUUUGAAAGUCAGUACUAAAUAACUAUUGAUAUACACCAUCAUAUUUUUCUCUUUCACAAUAUAAUUUAUUUUUUUUAUUUUUUACAUUUUAAGUUCACUAUUUCAAUGUACAAAUUGUAAUUUUUCUCAUUAGCUGCCUUGGAAUGAUUCUAGAUAAAAUUAUAUGCAUUCAUGAAACUAAAAAUAUCCAACUUUAAAUGAGAAGCAUCUAUAUGAACAUCAUUGUUCUCUCUGAAUAAUGUAAGAAUCCCUUGGAAAUAUAAUAAAAUAUCAGUUCAUGGACAACAAAA